UUUAUCAACGACAGUGUAGCGCAGCGAAGCGAGCCUGUAAGCAGGGGCAGCAGAUUCAUUUGGUAAACGAAAGCUGUCGACAUAGCACUGACUGUCGCCGCAGUUGGCCUGGGGCUCAGAAUGGCAGUCGGAGAUGGCUGACAAUACAGACCACACUGUGCCCCUACUGGACGAUGUCGCCGCCUUCGACGAUGUCGCCGCCUUCGACGAUGCCGUCGGGUUUGAACAGCCUGCGAUCACACCCUCGGCCGAUGAUCCACCGACUUUCGCAUAUUUCACACAAAAUCCGCCAGGAUUAGAUCUGCCGAUGAGCUACUCAUCAGAUGCCACCACCCAAGCUGGAAGCUACGCCUACGAUACUCCACCUCAGGCAAUGUGCUAUGACGCAGUCCCAAAUAUCGACGAAGACAACUCAUUCAUUCAGGACGAUUCGAUGCCCGGUCUCGAAUUUCAAGCUGGAGUGAUUCCGUAUCCUUCCAUCGUGCAUUCCCAGGGUUCUCAAAGCCACAAUGGACAUGUGUAUGACCUACCAAGUUCAGAAUUUCCCGGCCCACAGGACACCCAGUUCCUUUCUUCCGACCAAUACACGCCUAUGCAGCGAGGUGGUUCGAACCUAAGUCUGACCUCCACCAACUCAGCGCUUUCGAAUACGACGCUAUACUCGCAGUCUAGUGGAGUAGAAAAGAACGUGUCGUGCCACUUGUGCCCCCAAUCAUUCACUGGCAGCUACUGCAAAAGAAACCUAACUAGGCACAGACAAACGAUCCACGGCGAGGGCGGGUCAAGAUCCUUCGCGUGUCAGGAAGACGGCUGCAGGCGCAAGUAUAAACGUAGUGACGCACUUGUGGCUCACCAGGUCAAAGUCCAUUCACGCCCACGUCCGACCCGACCAAGGAGGACGCUCGAAGAAGAGUGAGACAACAUUCCUCUGAUACUCAAAUCUCUGAGUCGUGACAUUACACACAUCAAGUCUAGCUACCUUUGCGGGCAGACAUCAACCCGCACCGUCUACCGCGCCCGAGUUUACCACCGUCCUUCGAUGCCGUCAAUUUAAGCUCGAACCAAUGAACACCUUGAUGCCGAUGGACCAGUCAGAUUUGUCGUAUCAUGGAUAUCACACGUCGGUUUCACAUUAGUGAGGCGAACACCUACUUCCUGCCGGACAGGGAAUCCAUCGCACACAUCAAAUCGCGCACGAUUCGUCAAUUAAACGAGCGACAACCCCAGCAGCAUCGACAUAGUUGAAGCUGACCAACUACUUCAUUCUAUUGUGUAUCAAUACGACAUAUUCGCUGCUGCCUAAAGAGGCCCUAGGACGAAGCAAGCGCUUACGCAUCGUCCAACCAUCGCGGGACACAGCUACCA